AUGGCGGAUCGUCCAGCGACUUUUGGACUCACGGGAAUGCCGAAUAAUGGGACCAUGAAGGGACCCUCGAGUGGCCGACGAGAUGUGCUCGACAGAAAUACGACAGCUACAGGCAGAUACACCGUUAAAUCAAAGACAAAACUGCGCGUCCGAGUGGAAACUCUUUCAAUGAACCAAGUCGACGCCGUCCACGUGAGACCAGAACACACCGGAAACAACGCUCAAAACCAGAACUUUCAAAACUUUCAACAAAAAAUAUGA